AUGAGUGCUAUUGCGCGUCAGGAAUCUCAUGUUAAGGAGAGUUUAUUUCAGUUUAUUGAAAAAAAUAUCCCCUCAGCGGACGUAAGUGCAAUAGAUGAUAUUGUACUUGCGUAUGUAAUUUCUAUCUUGGAGGAAGCUUCCCAGGAUCCUUGCUUUGAUGUCGAAGGCUUCAUAGAAAUGAUGUCUGCCUACAUCCCGAAGUUUGCCACCAUUGAACCGGGAAUGGUGUGUUCGUGGGUCCUAGAACUAGAAGCUGAAUUGACUCGGAGAGAUGGCUCCGAUACAAUGUCCAACCACGAUGAUUCAACCGGCAGUGAUAAAAUAAGUCUAACACUUCAAAGGAUGAGUGAGAUGCUGCCUUCUGUACCAACGAAGAACAAUCGGUCUUCAUCUCGUUCCCACUCCACGUCUGAGAGUUCGGAGGGCGCUGACCGUAGGUCUUCUAUUAUAGAAGAGGAAUACAGUGAGCAAUGCCGGGCGCUGCACGAGAUGUUCCCCAACACAUGCGCUAUGGAGAUCAAGCAUUGCGUAUCUAUAGCGUGCGGGGACGCAGAGCGCGCGGCCGCGACGUUGUUACACCGUCGCGAACAAGGCCACGCACUCACUUCGCUACACUCAACACGACACACGACACUGUGUGACGACAGCGAACUCAAGAAUAGGAUCAUUGCUAGAUAUUCCUACGUGGACAAGAACUCCGAUACAAAGGAACACAAGCCGCUGGCUCCCAAGUUUGAACCAAAGAAAAUGGUCCGCUACAGAGACAACAAGAUAGUGUCGCUUAAAGGAGAGAGAUUCACUGAGGUACCAAAGUCUGGUAUGGACGAGGAGAAUUUAAAGAAACAAAAAAAACAGCAUUGCCCUUAA